UCUGAUAAUUCUUAAAGUGAACUACUCUUAAAAUGAAUCAUUGUAAAGUGAAUUCCUCUUAAACUGAGUAGUUUAUGAGUGAAUCACUCUGGAAUUGAAUCAUUCAGACAGAGUGUGUGUGUGUGUGUGUGUGUGUUCAGGGUGGUGGAGUAUUUAAGGCUGUGUAUCAGCAGUAGUGUGUGUUAUUCCCCUGUAGAGAUGAGUGUGAGUUUUAGUGAGUGUAACUCGGUGUUAAUCACCGGGGCGAGCAGAGGCCUGGGGCUGCAGAUGGUCAAACAUUUAGUGGGAAUCUCUGAGAGACCGAAGAAGAUCAUCGCCACCGCCCGGAGCCCAGGUACAGCUCAGGAGCUGCAGCAAAUCUCCAGAUCUUAUCCUGAGGUUUAUGUGGUGCGUUUAGACGUGGUGAAUGACGCGAGUAUUGAAGCUGCAGUUCAGAAGGUGACGAGCAUCGUGGGUCCUGCGGGGUUAAACUGCCUGAUCAACAACGCAGCGAUCCUGUUUCAUACGGACCUGAACUCAGAGACACGUGACAGCAUGAUAAACACGUUCCAGACCAACACCGUCUCGCCUCUGUUCAUCACCAAGGCAUUCCUGCCAUUAUUACGGACAGCAGCAGCAGUGUGUGAUGGCGGUGUGAUGAGUGUGAACCGAGCUUCAGUGAUCAACGUGUCCUCUUUCCUCGGCUCUGUGGAGCUCCACUGGGGCGCAGGAGCCGAUAUGAAACUGUACUCUUACAGAGUGUCAAAGGCAGGUCUGAACAUGGUGACGCGGUGUUUAGCGGUGGACCUGCAGGACGACGGGAUCCUGUGCGCGGUGGUUCACCCCGGCUGGGUGCAGACUGAUAUGGGAGGAGAGAAGGCGCCGUUGACUCCGGAGGAGAGCGUCUCGUCUCUGUUAGCUGUUAUCUCUGCGCUGAGUGAAAAGGAUCAUGGGCAGUUUUUGGACUACAAGGGGCAGAACUUGCCCUGGUGAGGACGAGCUGAAGUCAUUACAGAGAGCUGCUUUUCCAACAGGAUUUUUGGAACCAAAUGUGAUCAGGUGCUGCAUCAUGAUUUAAAUAUUGACUGAUUGAUUAUCCAAUUAAUUGCUUCUCUGAUGUUUAUGUAUUGUUAUUAUAUUAGAUGUAAUCUACAGUACCGGUCAAAAGUUUGGACACGCCUUCUGAUUUAGUGUUUUUUUAUUGAUUUAUAUCCUACAUUUUAGAAAAAUACUGAUGAUUUUUUUUAUUUUAAAACUAUAAAAUAAGACAUAUGACAUUAGAUAAUUAAGUGAGAAUACUAACAGUCAGGUAUUAUUUUAAGACAUAAAGGAUUAGCUCUUCUGGAAUAUUUCUAGCAGUAACAGUAUUGUGUUAAGUGCAUUUGUAAAACACAUGAAGCAUCCUGAUAAAACUGUCUCUCAUGAAGACCUUCCCAGAAAGCAAGACCAAAAUCCUAAUAUCAACUGUUCAAAGGACAUUAUUGUAUAUUUUUCACUAUUGUUUUACAGUGUAGAAAGAAAUAAAAAUCAGGAAAGAACAUGGAGUUAGAAGGGGUGUACAAACUUCUGACUGGUCAUGUGUGUUUUAGCAUUAUAAAUG